AUGAGCAUCGAUCACUUCAUUUGUCCCACGGUGUUUAUUCGAUCCAUUGAUCGGCAUACCACAAAUGAGGAUUCCAGUCCCAUUAGCUGGUCUGACCAACAACUAAAUAUAUUAGAGGGUAUAGCUGAACAUAUUAAUCCGGAAGAUCAUCAGUUCAGCGUGAGUUUCAAUUUCACAGAACUAAGCAAGUCGUGGCAGAUAAGCAAGGAUUACAUUUAUGACAAGAUUAUUGAACUAUAUUACAUCAGGAGUACUUCACCGAACGACUUUAAUGUCGAAAAUUCUUGUAGUAGGAAGAAACAAACUUCGGCCAAUUUGUCAACUGACAAGGAGCAUGAAAAAUCUCAUCCUAUUCAUGAGCUGGAGCUGCUAAAGAUCAAUCCCUUAAAUUUGGACCACAGCCACACAGUCGAAUUCCACUAUAGGAAAUCCUCGUUUCCGGUGCAAAACCCUUCUCUGGGUGUUCGAUCAAUGAGAUUUGGUCCGUUAGAUGCAGACAAUUCGAGUACUGGUUCAAGUGAUGAAAGUGCUGCAAACAUGGCAGAAACUUCAGCUUAUCUCUUUCGAUCAAAAUUCAUACAUCGUGAAACUCCAUAUCAAAUAAAUCAAGCUGGUUACGACUUAGAGCAAGAAUACAAUGACAGCGACUGUCUAUUGGCGGGGACAACCGAGAGCUUGACAAAAUCACUAUUAGAGCAAGAGCUUCUGGAUCGCAUUUAA